AUGAGAAUCACUAUUAAAAGCAAUCAAAAUCACCGUAAAAAAGAUAACGCACCUCUUGUUAAUAUAGUAUUCCUUAAGGAUUACAGUGCUCUGGCAGCAAUAAGUAAAAUAAUCAAUAACCAUUACCCUCGAUACAAUAAACCUCUAAAAAGAAGCCGCAUAAUAAUUCAAUCAGUGCUCCUUAAUCAGACCACUAACCAAGAAGAAUUAUUAUGA